CGCGGAGCAGGCGGUCAGCGAUGGGCGAGGGCGCGCUGGCUCCGGGCCUGCAGCUGCUGCUCCGCGCCUGCGAGCAGGGUGACACCGACACGGCGCGGCGCCUGCUGGAGCCAGGCGCAGACCCGGCCGCGGGGCCCGAGGCGGGAGCGGAGCCGGCAGGGCCCGAGGCGGUCCGGGCAGCGGAGGCCGGGGUGCCGGUGCCGGUGGACUGCUCCGAUGAGGCGGGCAACUCGGCGCUGCAGCUGGCGGCGGCUGGUGGCCACGAGCCACUCGUGAGGUUCCUGCUGCGCCGCGGAGCCUCGGUCAACAGCCGCAACCACUACGGCUGGAGCGCGCUCAUGCAGGCGGCCAGGUGUGGGCAUGUGAGCGUGGCACACCUCCUUUUGGAUCAUGGAGCCGAUGUCAACGCUCAGAAUCGGCUGGGUGCCAGCGUGCUCACCGUGGCUUCUCGGGGUGGCCACCUGGGUGUGGUGAAGCUGCUGCUAGAGGCGGGAGCCAUUGUGGACCACCACACCCCUUCUGGAGAGUCCCCAGCAAUGGGAGGCAGCGGGGAUGAACUGCUGGGCAUCACAGCCCUGAUGGCCGCUGUUCAGCAUGGACACGAGGCCGUGGUACGUCUGCUGAUGGAGUGGGGUGCGGACCCCAACCACACAGCCCGGACUGUGGGCUGGAGCCCUCUGAUGCUGGCAGCCCUCCUUGGGAAGCUGAGUGUGGUGCAGCAGCUGGUGGAGAAGGGAGCUAACCCUGACCACCUCGGUGUGCUGGAGAAGACCGCCUUCGAGGUUGCUCUUGACCGCAAGUACAGGGAUCUUGCUGAAUACCUGGACCCACUGACCACUGUCAGGCCAAAAACAGAUGAGGAGAAGAGGCGACCAGAUAUUUUCCAUGCCCUGAAGAUGGGGAACUUCCAGCUGGUGAAGGAGAUUGCUGAUGAAGACCCCAACCACGUGAACCUGGUCAACGGGGACGGGGCGACCCCACUGAUGCUGGCUGCUGUCACGGGGCACUUGCCCCUGGUACAGCUGCUGGUGGAGAAGCACGCAGACAUGGACAAGCAGGACAGCGUGCAUGGCUGGACGGCCCUCAUGCAGGCCACCUACCACGGAAAUAAAGAAAUUGUCAAGUAUCUGCUAAAUCAAGGGGCUGAUGUUGCUCUUCGAGCCAAAAAUGGGUACACGGCCUUUGACCUGGUGAUGCUGCUGAAUGAUCCUGACACUGAACUUGUUCGACUGCUGGCGUCAGUGUGCAUGCAGGUGAAUAAAGACCGAGGUCGACCCAGCCAACGACCACCCCUGCCCCACUCGAAGGCCAGGCAACCCUGGAGCAUCCCCAUGCUGCCCGACGACAAGGGAGGCCUGAAGUCCUGGUGGAGCCGGAUGUCCAACAGGUUCCGAAAGCUCAAACUCAUGCAGACACUGCCACGUGGGCUGGCUGCCAACCAACCAUUGCCUUUCUCUGACGAGCCUGAGCUAGCGCUGGACUCCACCAUGCGGGCACCCCCCCAGGACAGGACUAGCCACCUUGGGCCUCCUGAAGCAGCCCAUGCAACCAAAGACAGUGGUCCUGGGAACCCAAGAAGAGAGAAGGAAGAUGUGUUACUGACAACCAUGCUGCGAAACGGAGCGCCCUUCCCCCGGCUCCCCAGUGACAAGCUAAAGGCCGUCAUCCCACCCUUCCUGCCCCCGUCCAGCUUUGAGCUGUGGAGCUCUGACAGGUCCCGCACAUGUCACAACGGGAAGGCAGACCCCACGAAGACUGCACUACCCCCAAGAGCCAGCAGGGCCCACCCCGUGGGCUGUGUGGGCACAGACGGUGCUACCAGCAGGCCCGUCAAAUUCCCCAGCAUCUCCAGAAGCCCCGCGUCCCCCGCCAGCUCUGGGAGCUUUAACCACUCGCCUCACUCCUCAGGGGGUGCCAGUGGCAUUGGCGGCAUGAGCAGGCUGGGUGGUGAGCUGCAUAGCCGCUCAGGUGGCAGCGUAGACAGUGUCCUGUCCCAGAUCGCUGCUCAGAGGAAGAAAGCAGCCGGCUUGUGUGAGCAGAAGCCCCGCCAGCAGUCCAGUCCCGUGGGGCCAGCUACCAGCUCCAGCCCGCCUGAGCUCCCAGCCUCCCUCCCAAGCAGUGGUAGUGGCUCUUCCAGUGGCCCUUCCAGCAGCAAGAAACUGGACCCCAGCAAACGGCCUCCCUCUGGAACUUCUGCUACCUCUAAAAGCACCUCUCCCACCCUUACGCCCUCCCCCUCACCCAAAGGGCACACUGCAGAGUCCUCGGUGUCUUCCUCCUCGUCUCACCGGCAGUCUAAGAGCAGUGGGGGCUCCAGCAGUGGCACCAUCACCGAUGAGGAUGAACUGACUGGAAUCCUUAAGAAGUUAUCACUUGAGAAAUACCAGCCCAUCUUCGAGGAACAAGAGGUGGACAUGGAAGCCUUCCUCACACUCACCGACGGUGACCUGCAGGAGCUGGGAAUUAAGACAGAUGGUUCCCGGCAGCAGAUCCUGGCAGCCAUCUCUGAGCUGAAUGCGGGCAAGGGGCGUGAGAGGCAGAUUCUACAGGAAACCAUUCACAACUUCCACUCUUCCUUUGAAAGCAGUGCCAGCAACACCAGAGCCCCUGGCAAUGGUCCCUCCAUGGCCGGAUGGGCAAGGCCAGAAGAAACCGUGUCUAGCAGGAGGUAGCCACAGCGUUGGUGGCUCCGCUGGCCUCGGAGCCCUGAGGCAUUGAAGGUUGAGCAGUGCUUCCCUGCCCUUCCAUCGUGUCUGCUCCUGGGUUGUUUCUUCCCUGGGACUCACAGCAGGUGGACAGAAGGGAGGCCGGGCAACCAAAUCAUCAGAGUGGACUCACCAUCAGAGCUGAUGCAGUGGGCAGGGCCUGGGAAGUCCUCCUCUCUGUCUCUGCCUUGCAGAGGCCUGAGAACAUGCAGGCCAUGCUGGAGGCCGCAUGGCUGCAGAUGUAAACCCUAACCAGUACGUGCAAGUACAUGCUGCCCUCGAGGCCUGAGACCCUUCCAGAAAAGAUGCUACACAGAGAUGAACCCCUGUAGAAGGUGUGGUGAAGCACCCCACUGUGGCUGCCAUGGUUCAUUUUAAGCAAUCAUCAAUAGACCCUGUUCAACAAGUGAGGAAGCUCGAUGCUCUCCCUAAUGAAGUUGGUGCCCGGUUCUGCAGACUGCCAAGGAGAGGGUGCCGAGACCCUCGGGAGUUUCCUGCUCACUCACGUGUGGCCUCCAGAGAACUGGCCAGGCUCCCCACUGCUCCUGAUGUGCUACAGACCUGGACACAGCCAUGCUUGUAGUCUAGCUGCACAUAAUGGACAGUGACAUGAGGGUGCAGGAGGAAGCUCUGAGGAAGAGCCACACGGGAAGAGAGCUCCAUUCCCACCCGCUUCCCUCGUCUUCAGCUCUUCCAGUCCCACUGGGCUUCCUUCUUAUGGCCAAAACCAUACUAGCUGCUGGCCAGAGCCCUGCCGCUGAGUAGAGCCGACUCAUCUCAGGGCAGGGUCCUGUUUCCUGUGUGAACCUUCCCUCUAAGUCCAGCAGACACAGCCCCAGUCAUCUCCAUCAGGAUACCCAGUGGCAGGACUAGAAUGUGACCUUGUCCCAGCUCACACUAGGGCAGAGACCAAGGUGCCAUCUUGCUUCAGCCCUGCAGUUGGUUUUCAUUUUUCUCACAUCAGUUGCAGCGUUAUUUCUACACGGGGGUGUGAUUCUUGGAAAGAUUUUUCCUUGCCAGACUAUAUCUAUUAAAAAUGGGGAAUGUGUCCCCUGAGUUUGUGCUCUU